AUGCCUUGGCACGUGCUGCUGCUGCUGCUGCUGCUGCUGCUGCUGCUGCUGGGAAUGCCUUUCCCUCCACUACUCAUCCUGCAGGACCCCUUUCUGAGACCAUCAAUUCCUUCUCUCGCCAGCACCCCCGGCCUGCCUGGAGUCCCUGUCCUGGACCUCCCCGGCCUGCCUGGAGUCCCUGUCCUGGACCUCCCCGGCCUGCCUGGAGUCCCUGUCCUGGACCUUCCCGGCCUGCCUGGAGUCCCUGUCCUGGACCUUCAAAAUUAUGAGAACGAGGAGCCUCAGCCAAGACACAGCUAGGACUGUGGGAUCAAGGGAAUGCAGCUGCUGGUGUUCCCCAGGCCAGGCCAGACUCUCCGCUUCAAGGUGGUGGAUGAAUUUGGGAACUGAUUUGAUGUGAACAACUGCCCCAUCUGCUACCAGUGGGUCACCUCCAGGCCUCAGGAGCCUGCAGUCUUCUCGGCUGAUUACAGAGGCUGCCACGUGCUGGAGAAGGAUGGGCGUUUCCACCUGAGGGUAUUCAUGGAGGCUGUGCUGCCCAAUGGUCCUGUGGAUGUAGCACAAGAUGCUACUCUGAUCUGUCCCAAACGUCCACCCUAGACUCUGGACUCCCAGCUGGCACCACCCGCCAUGUUCUCUGUCUUGACCCCACAAACCCUUCCCUUCUGCCCCACCUCUGGCCACACCUCCGCAGGCUCUGGCCAUGCCUUUCCCAGCCCACUGGACCCAGGGCACAGCUCCGCCCACUCAACCCCUGCUUUACCAUUCCCUGGACCUGGACCUGCCCUAGAAACCCUGGCUCAACCUCACUGGGGCCCCAUGGAAUGCUGGGAUGUGAACAAAUCAGAUUAUGUAGGUACCCACCUGAGGCAGGAGCAGUGCCAGGUGGCCUCGGGGCACCUCCCCUGCCUCAUGAGAGGAACUUCAAAGGAAGCCUGUAAGCAGGCUGGCUGCUGCUAUGACAACACCACAGAGGUUCCCUGUUACUAUGGCAACACAGCUACUGUCCAGUGCUUCAGAGAUGGCUACUUCAUCCUCAUGGCGUCACAAGAAAUAGCCUUGACACACAGGAUCACACUGGCCAAUGUCUGCCUGGCCUACACCCCCACCAGUUGCUCCCCAACACAGACAGAUGCUUUCGUGGUCUUCCAGUUCCCUGUCACCCACUGUGGAACCACAGUGCAGGUGGCUGGCGACCAGCUCGUCUAUGGGAACUGGCCGGUGGCCAGCAUUCACAUCUGAAAGGGGCCACAGGGUUCCAUCACGUGGGACAGCACCUUCCAGCUUCAUGUGUGCUGUGUCUUCAACGCCAGUGACUUCCUGCCCGUUCAGGCAUCCAUCUUCCCAACCCCGAUGCCUGGCCCUGUGACCCAGCCUGGCCGUGACCCAGCCUGGCCCCUGCGGCUUGAGCUACGGAUCACCCAGGAUGAGACCUUCAGCUCCUACUACGGGGAGGAUGACUAUCCCAUUGUGAGGCUGCUCCAAGAACCAGUCCAAAUGGAGGUCCAGCUUCUGCAGAGGACAGACCCCAAGCUGGUCCUGCUGCUGCACCAGUGCUGGGGUGCUCCCAGUGCCAACCCCUUCCAGCAGCCCCAGUGGCCCAUCCUGUCAGAUGGGUUAGUGCCCCCAGGCUCCCCCCACAUGCUCUGCCUCCUAUAAACAGCCCCUCUGACUUCUCUUUUCACAUGCCCUUUUGAGGGUGACAGCUACAGAACCCAAAUGGAAGCCUUGGACAGGGCCACACCUUUCCAGUCUCACUACCAGCGAUUCACUGUUGCCACCUUUGCCCUCCUGGACUCGGGCUCCCAGAGAGCCCUCUGAGGACCGGUUUGCUUCUUCUGCAGCGCCUCUGCCUGCCACAGCUCAGGGCUGAAGACUUGCUCCACCGCGUGCCGCCCUGGGACGGCAAGUGAGUCUGGGCAACAAUCCUCAGGUAAUGACACUGCCAGGCCCCAGGACAUGCUGAGCUCUCCGGGACCAGUGGGCUUUGAGGAUUCUUAUGGGCAGAAGCCCACAGAUUUCAAUGGGAACUCUAGCCUGAGGCCUCUCCUUUGGGUGGUCCUUUCACUGCCAGCGGUUUCCCUGGUCCUUGGGUUUGGUGUCUUUGUGGGCCUGAGCCAGAAGCUCUGGGAAACAACAGUGAACAGGCUCAAUAAAUAAUCCUUUCAAACCUACUGAAAGCAGUUGUGGAGAAGUUAUUCGUGACAACUAGAACAGAACUACUUCGCAUGUGAGAAACUUCCUCCAAGUCCGCCCUGUCCUUCCAGAACUGUGAUGUCAA